AUGGAAGGCUACUUGCUUAAGUGGACAAAUUAUAUUUUCGGAUGGCAGCGCAGGUAUUUCAUCCUUUACAAUGGUGUCCUCCACUAUUGCAAAGAAAAAGGCUCUCCUCAGCGUGGCAUGAUUCACCUUGAAAUUUCUCAAAUUCGUAAACACCCUUACAAGCCAUGUCGUUUUUUCAUAGAUACAGGUUGUACCCAAAUUCAUUUAAAAGCUUACACUCCAGGAGAAGCUAUUGACUGGAUGAAUGCUUUAAAAGCUAACCAAACUGACGUCAAAAGAAGGACUUUUACUGAUGAGCCCAGAUUAAGCAUCGCAACAGUUGAAAGCUCAUCUAACCAAAUAAUUCAUGGAAAAAUAGGCGAAAUGUGAAGUGUCCAUGCACAAAUGCAGGCGACUAUUGACUUGAUACCAAAAAAUGUGAUAAAAACGACCCCAGGGAUAGAAAAAAUUGUAUCACUGUGUGAAGAAAUGAAAAUUCUGGCCACUGAAGUACUACAGUAUAUGGAAAUUGAUGAGGAUUUUAAUAGAAAAACAUGAUCUCCGGUAAAAAGUCAAGGAAUGGCAGAUAAUACAUUUGAUUUUGCAAAGGACGCACAAGUUGAUAAUUCAGUAGAAUUAUUCUGUAUUACAAAGAGUUAUUCUGUUGUAUUUUAAGAUAAUUUAUUUAUUUUUAAAUAAAUAAGGCAUUAUUUUAUAUUGAUAUUAUAUUUAUUUAGUAUAGUGAAAGAAGACAAAAAAAAAGUUAUGGCAAGCUUCCCCGUUGAAGAAGAAAAUUAUAAUUUCGAAGACGCCCAAAGCCAUAUAUCUGAAGAUAAAUUCGAAGAAUUUAAACAAAUAGAAGUCAUCAUGCCAAUAGAAGCUCCUAUAACUUCAAGCAUUAUGGUCCAUAGAGAUAGACUGCCACAUCUCAGAGACCCAAAUGAAAAAAUCAAUAUUUGGAAAGUUGUUAAAGAAUCUAUAGGACAGGAAUUAAGCAAAAUUACAGUUCCCGUAUAUUUUAACGAGCCUUUAAGCUUUAUCCAAAGAUGGGCUGAAGAUCUAACUUAUAAUGAAAUUUUAUUGAGAGCCGCAGAUCAUCCAGAUCCUAGAUAUAGGCUUGCUUUAGUUUCAAGCUUUGCUAUAACUUCUUAUACUACAAGUGAAUGACGUACUAUGAAGCCUUUUAACCCUUUAUUAGGAGAAACAUUUGAAUUAGAGCAGGAUGGUUUUCGUAAAAAAUAAAAAAAAAAAUUAUUUUCUUAUUUUUUUAAUUUUUGUAAAUUAUUUUUUAUGGUUUUCGUUUGUUAUUGGAACAAGUAAGCCAUCAUCCUCCUAUAUCAGCUUUGCAUUGCGAGCAUGAAAAGUAUAUUUUUUGGGCAAGUGUUCAGGUAAGAACUACUUUUAAGGCUACACAUCUAUUGGUCGAGCCUCAAGCUAAGUAUCAUUUGAUAUUAAAACCUCAUAAUGAUCAUUUUGUUUGGAAUAAGCCUCAAACUCGUGUCCAUAAUAUUAUUUUUGGAAAAAUUUGGGUUGAGCAUAAUGGAGUCGUUGACGUAAAAAAUCUUGAAAAUGGUGAUUUUGCAAAAGACAUUUAUUUUUGUAUUUUUUGAUUUUUAUAUAGAAAUGUGUGCAAAAAUCCCUCAACCUUUGCAAAAGUUAAUUGAAAAAGAACUGGGUGAUUUUCUAAGAAAGCUACAGAAGUAUCUGGAAGUGUGUAUGAUUGUUAUGGAAGUGAACAUUAUAAAUUAGAAGGAACCUGGAAUAAAGGAGUAGAUAUUGUGAAUAAUCGAACAGGAGAGGUUUCUGAAGCCUGAAGAGUUUAUCCAUUUCCUAAGGAUUUCGAUUGGUGCUAUUUCUUUAGUGACUUUACUUUGCAAUUAAAUCAAGUACAGUAUAGAUAUUAUUCAUUAAAAGUAUGAUAAUAAAAUUUAAUGGCUAAAAAAUUUUUUAUAUUCUAAUAUAAAAUUUGUAUAUUUCGUCAAAAUUUUAUUUAAAAAGUAUCAUUUUUAUAAUAUAAAUAAAAAAUACUGUACCGGAAUUAGUCCCUGGAAUUGCAUUGACUGACUCAAGAUAUAGACCUGACCAGCGUGCUCUAGAAAAUGGAGACCUAAAGCUUGCUAACUCAGAAAAGCAUAGGCUCGAAGAAAAGCAAAGAGCAGCAAGAAAAAAGCUUGAAGAAAGCCGCGAUAUGUAUUUCCCAAGGUGGUUUGCUUUAGAAAACGAUGAUGAAUGGAGAUAUACAGGAGGAUAUUGGGAAUGCAAAGCCCAGGGCCAUUAUCCAAAUAUUCCUGAUAUUUUUUAA